UUUCACAGUAAAGAGUGUUGGAGAAAAGAGAGAAGUCUCAACAUCUUGCUAAACAUCUCUUUCUCUCUCGUAGCUAGCUUUGAUCAAUAGACUUUUCUUAAAUUAAACACAAAAACAAGAAAAAAUUGGUAAAAUGCCAAUGGAAAAAUCGAGUCAACGACCGAAAAAAGAAAACAAUAGAGGAGCUUGGACAGCAGAGGAAGACCAAAAGCUUGCUCAGGUUAUCGAACUCCAUGGUCCACGGAAGUGGAAGUCUCUUGCCGCCAAAGCAGGUUUGAAUCGAUGUGGGAAGAGUUGCAGGUUGAGAUGGAUGAAUUAUCUGAGACCAAACAUUAAGAGAGGCAAUAUCUCACACCAAGAAGAGGACUUGAUACUCAGGCUUCACAAACUACUAGGAAACAGGUGGUCCCUGAUUGCGGGAAGACUACCGGGUCGAACUGACAAUGAGAUAAAGAACUACUGGAACUCUCAUUUGGGCAAAAAGAUGAAGCAAAUGGAGAGACAAAAUAGGAGUUUAACAGCAUUGGAAUCUAAGCUGCCUGAGAAUACCAAGGUGGUUAUUAAGCAAGUGGAUGAGCCAAAAGGAAGCGAAGAGGGAACUUCAAAAGGGAUAAGUAAGGAGAUUACUCCAAAUUCUAGCUUUCUAGGGGAUGAGAUUUUUGCAUAUUACUCUAGUGAAGAGCCUCUGAAUUUGGAGUGGAUGGGCAAUUUCCUUGAGAUGGACGAGAGUUGGUUUUAGUUCUGUGCUUGUCCUCUCUCGAAGUCGAACUAAUUAAUUUUAAUUUUUUUUUUCUUUUCUCUUGGUUUGGUUCUAGACUCUAGACUCUAGUUAUGCAUGCAAGGCCGAAAAUCACAUGUUUUAGGGUGUUUCUUUCUUUUACACUUUUUAGGUUCUUUUGGCCGAAAAUACCAAAUUUUAGGGUGCUGCCUUUUUUUCUUUUUUUUUUCCCCUCCUUUUAGGUUCUUCUGUCUGUCCAAAAGUGGUUUGAAGU